AUGGAGCAGGAUUUAUGGCCCAAGAUAAGACCGAACAAAGCCAUUUCUAUCUUGCUCUCAGGGCAGGUUGACACCAGUAGGGAAGCUGAAAAAGUUACUUUAUACAAGAAGUACCUUAAGUUUGAGUGCCCUGCAGCCUCCUGUAGAAUUAAGGUAGCUGCACUAGGCUCAAGCAUAGAUCUGGACAGGGUGCAAACUAUAAUGGACUCCAUGGGAUCCAGGUUGUCUCCAGGUGCUCAGCAGCUCAUGGACAUGGUCCGAUGUCAGCAGAAAAACAGUUUACCUCUUGGAGACAAACUUAACUGGAUCUUUGGGAAAAAUUCAGACUUUGGGGGUGGCCCUGCAGUAGACGGGUUGCAGAGUGCAGCUAUCCAGACACCAGCAGAUCAACCAGCCAGGGAACCUUUGCGUGUUCAGAAUGAUGUAACGAGUGAAACAGUGUGUGAAGACUUAAAAAUGAGGGGUGAUCUGAGCACACAGGUACCUGAAAGAGGGAAUGCUUUGGAUUCUGACAGACUGAGUCUCCACCCAAAUCCAUCUGACCUCAGGAGUUAUUUGAAAGUCAUGGGAUCUUUGCACGUGCAGGCGCAAGCGAAUGAACCCCCAAGUGUAGCUCACCCACAGGUGCUUCUUCCUUUCCUCCACAACCUGUGCAGUCAGGUGAAUCAUCUCAGGCUGAAAGAUGGUGAGAGGCAGUUUGGCAAAAGUGCAGUGGCUAAAGAGGAAAGCAUCCACUGUGUUGGAGUAGAACAACAGCCUAUUUGCUCCUAUUUGGAAAAGAUAAUCUCCAAAAAUAUGGAUCUGAUGGAGAAAAAACUAAUGGACUAUAUUGAUCAUCAAAUCCAGGCUCUUCAGACACAUAUAGAUAAUAAAAUGGUUCUCCUGAUGGACUUGGUUCAGAACUCAAAGCCGAACAAAAUUUCACAAGCUCACUAUGAUUCGAAUGAGGGGCUCUCUAAUGGAGAGAGGUAG